UGUAGGUCAUUGCCCAAAACCUGCAGUCAAGAAUUGGCCCUAUCUGAGUUCUUACUUGUUAUUUACAAAUAGAUUAAUUGCUUUAGCAUUAAGACCACUCUUUUCUUCUUUGCAGGUUUUGUAUAAACUGUUUACAAACUAUGACUCUCCAUGUUCCAUACGUAAGCUGAUAAAGCAUCUAUGCACUUUAUUCUCCUAUCUCUGCCAGUUUGCUAGUAUAAGUGUGAACCCGUGUCUUGAAUUUUUGGAUACAAAGACUUACUAGCCAAAGUCUCAUUCUUGCCUUAGUAAUGUUCCAGAGGCUGAAUAAUAUGUUUGUGGGAGAGAUCAAUAACUUGUCCAGCCAAGAGCCAGAGUUCAGUGAAAAAGAAGAUGAUGAAUGGAUUCUGGUUGACUUUAUAGACACUUGCACUAACUUUUCAACAGAAGAAGCAGACAUCAGUGAAACAUCAGCUGCUGACCACUCCCCAGUCUUUUCUUGUUUACCGACUUCCUUAGAGUGUUUGGCUGAUGCCAGCGAGUCUUGCUUCAUCCAGUUUGACUCAUGUCCCAUGGAGGAGAGCUGGUUUAUUACCCCUCCCCCAUGUUUUACUGCAGGUGGAUUAACCACUAUCAAGGUGGAAACCAGUCCUAUGGAGAACCUUCUAAUUGAACAUCCCAGCAUGUCUGUAUAUGCUGUCCAUAAUACCUGUCACAGUUUAAAUGAGACUAGCUGUGGAGAUGAGGAGUUUCAUAAUCCAAAUAGUCCAAGAAUGGAAGCACGAAAUGAAAUGGGGCAGCAUAUUCAUUGCUACGUUGCCACUCUUGCUGCUCACUCAAGUUUUCUGGAACAAACCAAGAGUUUUCGUCCGACCCAGUGGGUAAAAGAACAUAAUGAAAGACACCAUCUCAACAGAAACAGUCUCCGUCGCCAAAAUCUUACCAGGGAUUGCCACUCUCGGCAAAUCAAGCACAAUGGAUUGUUUGUUCACCAGCCUUGCCAGCGUCAGUACAAUUACUGAAGGCUUUUGAGGUUUUAAUCCUAUCGGUUAAUUGUUCUUAGCUUGCUCUUGUUUUAAUGUAAAGAUAAUGAAGGUGUGAUCAAUCUGAAGCUGAUCAUCAAUCAUUUGAAUACAAUCGUGACUAGUGUUAUAUUAGUUUGAAACCACAUUUACAUAUAGUGUAUCACAAAAUGCCUCGCUAUAGGUCCUAAAUGGUUAUCUUAAAUAUUUCAGUGUUUUGGAAAUGUGUGUGUGAGUGUGGUUUUUAACUUUACUAUGACGUUUGGAUGGGUUUUUAAAGAAAAUUCUAACAAAGAUGGAACAUGCAUUCUUCAGUCGUAUGAAGUUACAAAAUUAUUGCGGUCCACCAUACACUUUAAUAACCAGUGCUUUUGACAGCUUUGUAUGUCUGUAUAUACUGUGUACACAGUUAUACUCUAACAUAAGCAUUAAAAGGCUAUAGUUGCCAAUGGAUUUGAAGUAGAUGUCACUAAACUCUUAUUGAAAGAAGGAUAACUCUAGAUUUAAUCUAAACUAGAUAUUAUCUACUUUCAUUAAACAAACAGUUACUUCAUAUAAACAGCAGAAGAGAGUAAAAUGUCCACCUGAUAAUACUGGAAUAAGAGGUGGCACGAAUGUCACAGGUAUUGGAGAGGGACAAACUUUGUGCCUUUAUAUGGAGUGAAAUGAAAAGUAGACCUAUGGGUUAUUAAAUAUAGACACUUAACCCAAAGAUUCCAUCAGUAUUUUAGAUCAUGCUCUUUUUUCCCUUUUUUUUUUUUUUCCCCCCGGUCUCCACUUUUCUUUGGGGAGAGGAUGCAUCCAUUACGUACCUCCCAAAACUUGGUUUAGUUUAUCUGUAGUCUGAUCCAAGGAGAAAGGGCUAGACUGACUGUCUUCUGUAAUAGGUCCAUCCAUAGCUGAGACACCUUCUACAGAACCUAUUCUGGUGGAUGGUAAGUACUGAUGGGUUUCUGAGCUGCUGAUUACUGCCUCAAAUUGAUCAAUUCAUUUCAAGUGAUAGGUUAGGAAUGGCUCACAAACUACUGGAUGGAAAACCUGU